AUGGAUCCCUACGACAGCGACUCCAGCAUUGAGGAGGACGGUGACUUCUCCGAGACCGGCGUGCUGCUCGGGUAUGCCGCGGAGGACGUGAUUGAGGACACAAUCAGCCAUCUGGGCGGUCAUCCGACAUGGCUCGACAACACAACCCCGCCACCAGGCGACUUCGCCAACUGCAACGUCUGCAAUCAGCCUAUGCUGCUCCUCCUCGAGCUGCACGGCGAUUUGCCGGACCAUUUCCCGAAUGACGAACGCCGCUUGUACAUAUUUGGAUGUCCGCGCAAACCAUGCAAUCGGAAGCCUGGCAGCAUUCGGGCGUUUCGUGCGACGCGGAAGGUGACUUUGGAACGGGCGCAGCAGAAACCUGCGGAGGAAAACGAACCACCAGCACCAGCGCCAGAAGCUGAAGCGAAACCGAAGCCAGAUCUCGGAGCUAGCCUUUUUGGUGCGACUUCUUUGACAAAUACUGUCUCCUCCAACCCGAACCCUUUCUCAUCGAGCACCGUGGACGCUCCGGCUAAUCCAUUUGCGACGCCCACGCCUGGCCUCGCCCCCGCAACGGAGAAGACCAAAACAAACGCCGCAAGUACAUUGGCUGAGACAUUCGCCGACAAAGUGCGCAUUUCAUCCCCUGCACCACCGGCACCACAGAACAACCCAAAACCAACUCCCGAGUCCAACGGACCCGCCCCUCCCUGGCCGGCCCAGUCCGACUUCCCAGCACCAUACAAACACUAUUACCUGGACGCCGAAUACGAGACCCUCUCGCGGCCAUCCACACCCGCCAUCCCCGAGAACGUGACCAUGGAACCCAUGGACGAAGAAGGCAGCGGCGGCGCCGAACUAAAAGACACAUUCGAGUCCGAGCUCGACAAGGCAUUCAUGAAAUUUUCUACCCGCCUCGCGCACAACCCGGAGCAAGUGCUGAGGUAUGAGUUCCGCGGCUCGCCGCUACUGUACUCGCAUACCGACGCCGUGGGUCGUUGUCUGCAUGCUCACUCUGAUGGCAAUGGCAAUGAGCGCAUCACAACGGUCGGUGGUGGUGCGCAUAUGCCGCGCUGCGAGUACUGUGGUAGCGAGCGGGUGUUUGAGUUGCAGCUUGUGCCGCAUGCUAUCAGUAUGCUGGAGGAGGGUCGUGAGGGCGUUGGGCUGGGGAAGGAGGAUGCGGGCAUGGAGUGGGGAGCUAUUAUCCUGGGGGUGUGUGCUCAGGACUGCGCGCCGUCGAGUCCGGGGCAGACUGGGUGGAGGGAGGAGUGGGCAGGUGUGCAAUGGGAGGAGAUGAAGUAG